UCGUUUGUUCAAAAACAUAUCGUCAUGCCGAGAAACGUUGGUGCUUAUUUAGCCGAACAACAAAGAAAAGCUACUGGGGAUGUGGCCACAGAAUGGGGCCAGCUUGAAGACUUUUAUAACAAAAAGUUAUGGCAUCAGUUAACAUUACGACUUCUAAAGUUUGUGAAACAUCCAACAUUUGCCAAAGGAGAUGGCCUGGUUAAAUUGUAUGAACAUUUUAUAUCAGAUUUUGAACACAGGAUCAGUCCACUGGCUUUGGCAGAGAUGGGAGCAUGUAUUGUCAGGCAGAUUACAGAUCCAAAAGCUGGUGUAGAGUUUUUAGAGAAACUGAAAGAGAAGGUGAAGGCCAGUGAUGAAGCUAAAGUACUAUGUAUGACAUCAAGUGGACUAAUUUGUUUGAGGACUAAAGAAAUGGAGAAAACUAAGACUCUUGUUGAAGAAUGCCACGGUAUCAUGGAAACAUUCGAUGGCGUCACCACGGUGCACAGUAGGUUUUAUGAUUUAUCAAGUAACUACUACAAAUUGAUGGGAAACCAUGCAGACUAUUACAAAGAAGCCCUCAGAUAUCUUGGUUGUAUGCAAAUGGAAGACAUAGCAGCAUCAGAACAAGUAGAGAGAGCAUUUAAUUUAGGCCUGGCAGCUGUGUUAGGGGAAGGUGUCUAUAAUUUUGGAGAAUUGCUGGCUCAUCCUAUCUUAGAAUCUCUAAAGACCACAGAUAAGUCCUGGCUAGUAGAUUUAUUGUUUGCCUUUAACAGUGGAAACAUCUCUAGGUUUGAUGAACUCAAAAAAAGCUGGACAACACAGCCAGAUUUAGCAGCUAAUGAAAUUCCAAUGAGACAAAAAAUAUCACUGUUAUGUUUAAUGGAGAUGACUUUUAAAAGACCAGCAAAUGACAGACAGUUAACAUUUAAAGAUAUAUCUGCAGAAACAAAGUUACCAGUAAAUGAGGUAGAAUUGCUGGUUAUGAAGGCUUUGAGUUUAGGAUUAGUGAAAGGAUUUAUAGAUGAAAUAGACCAGAAAGUAUCACUAACAUGGGUCCAACCUCGGGUAUUAGAUCUACAACAGGUAUCCACAAUGCAGAAGAGAUUAGAACAAUGGUGUUCAGAUGUUUUAACCAUGGAGAAAUUAGUGGAACUGAAAGCUCAUGACAUCCUUACUUAAUCAUACAACAGUGCUCUAUAUAAUUUAUACUUUUGUUAUAAAGAAUUCAUGUUUUAAAGUGGAUUAUAAAACAAGGACAUUACGUAAUAUGAAGAAAAAAUUGACAAUAAUACAACAGUAUAGAUUUAGAAGAUUUUGGCUUCUAACCAUCUCAAAUCAUUGUAGCAUUUCAUACUUGUUGUUAGUUAUAAUUAAAAGACAAAAAUAAUGUUA